AUGACCACGACUCCAUCAGCUCCACCAGCAACCGGUGAACAAAAACGCGAAUAUUUGUUCAAAGUUCUCGUUAUUGGAGAAUUGGCCACAGGGAAAACAGCUCUGGUCAAACGUUAUGUUCAUAAUUUUUUCUCUGAGCAUUAUCGCGCAACGAUCGGUGUUGAUUUCGCAUUGAAAAUUGUGAAAUAUGAUGAGGACACUGUCAUUCGUCUUCAACUUUGGGAUAUCGCCGGUCAAGAACGAUUCGGAAACAUGACUCGAGUUUAUUACAAAGAAGCUGAUAUCGCCGGUCAAGAACGAUUCGGAAACAUGACUCGAGUUUAUUACAAAGAAGCUGUAGGUUGUUUUAUCGUCUUUGAUGUCACACGAGGAUCAACGUUCGAAGCUGUUACCAAAUGGAAAGCUGAUUUGGAUAAUAAAGUCCAAUUGCCUGAUGGAAAUCCUGUUCCAUGUGUUUUACUCGCUAACAAAUGCGACUUGGUUAAAGAAGGUUUGGUUAAUGAUGCUUCACAAAUGGAUGAAUUUUGUCGAGAAAAAGGUUUCGCAAAAUGGUUUGAAACAUCUGCGAAAGAAAAUAUUAACAUCGAAGCUUCGGCUCGAUUUUUGAUUAGCGAAAUUAUGGAACAUACGGAACAACUACAACCACGUGUUCCGGGUCAAGCCACGCGUAAUAAUACAAUAACAGUUGUUGAUAAACAAUCCAAGAAAGAACAGAGCGGACGAAAAUGUUGCGGUGGUGCUAGUGGCGAUUCUCAAGACACAUGA